AUGGCGCUCCCUGUCUGGUCAAAAGAGGAGGUCGACGAGUUGAUGAAGUUUCUGGAGGAGAAGGCGAAAAAUGCCGAAUCGCCGCUUUGUUUGGCUAAAGUGCAGGCGGAAUACGCUCAAAGCGGAAAAACUUCACGAUCUUGGGCGGCGAUCAAAAACAGGUGCGCCGGACGUUUAGCUGCACGGAAAAUCUUCAGUGAUUACAGAAUAACAAGAGACUUGGCUCACAGAGUUCAUACGACAGAGCAAUUUGACACGGAAACGAAGGUCCGCAUGCUAUUUGCACUGAGCAUUCCAGUCGAACCGAAGUUCUUGGAAGAACUGAAAAAGAAUGCGGAUGUCGAAGUGAACAAGAGGGGAUGUAUCGAGAAAUACAGGGAAAGGAAGGAAGGGGGCUUGAAAUUAGCGGGAUAUGCUGGAAGGAAUAGCAAGUCAUUUACGGAGGAGGAGGAUCAACGAAUGCUCAUAUAUGUGGCUCGAAAAGCCAAAGAAAAGAAUCGUCCGUUUCCGAUGCAUUCUUUGUGGAAGCAAUAUGCGGUUUCUGGCGAGACGACUCGCGCGUGGUAUACCAUCAAAAAGAGGUAUUAAUUCUCAGAGUCAAGAAGAAAAGUUUAAAGUUUUUUUUUUUGAGAUUCCGUUGCCAUUUACGCUGGAAAAUCCACCAAAUGAAAGAGUUCGACACACAGACGAAAGUGAUAAUGUUGUACUGCUCCAGAACGCCGGUCGAUGAGCAUUUCCUGAGAGAAUUGAGAGAAGCAGCGGAUGUAGAAGUGGACGAAGAGGGAAUAAUCAUCAAAUACCGAGGUGAUGGACUGGAAUUGGUGGCGGAACUGACUGGCAAACGAAGUGUGCGAAGAAAGCGCAGUUUGCAUGAGCAUCUGGAGAUGGCAAUGGAGCAGAAAAGGCAAAGAACUGACCAGUUUGAAAAUGUCGGAUUGGAAGAGGAGCUCGAGUUCGGAGAACCGUUCCGUGCGGUCAAAGAGGAGAGCGCCGACGAUUUCGAAGAACAGCCGGCUGUCCCGAACACCCCGGAAGAAGACCUCGUGGCGACGAUAAUGAAGGAGGUGACAUCCUUCGAUUUGUCACACUACAUCGAUGAAUUGUCGAAUUCGUGCCCGCUUGGUUCCCUUGAUGAAAGCCGGCUGGGUUCCGUUGAUGAAAGCCCGCUGGGUUCCAUAGAUGAAAUCGUCAGAAACAUGCUGCAGUCGCAAGUGGAGACAGUGGAGAGGUUCGUGGUCAUAGAUUUUCAGAAAUAUUUGAUAAAUGUUUAUUUUGCAGUCCCGCUGCUCAACCGAACAGGUCCGUGAGCAAGAAGAUCGUCUUCAGUCAAUUCAGAAACCUCAUUCAAGAGUUCGAAGAUCCAGAGAUGGAAGAAACACAACAGAAACUGAGCGAUUCGAUCCGAAAACUCAACGACGGCGACGAGAAACUGUCGGCAAAGGCUGUCAACAAAAUCAAAUCGUUUUUCAACGAACUCGACGAUAUUCUGGACUAG